CCUAUUAAUACAUAUCAAGCAGAGGUCAUUAAAGGUAUAAGCAACACACGUACCCAUGAUCACUGAUUUGCACAAACCUGAUCCGAUGCCUCAGCCACAGAGGCUGGCGCGACGAGCCGAUGUUGAAGAGCUGAUUUCUGGUACAAUCACUGUGACUGUUGCUCCAGAUUCAACCUGUGGGUUUAACGCGAACAGAGAUCGAUGGACAUGUGAUGAGGGGCUACGUUGCGUGUGGGAAUCGGGCAAAAUCAACCGUGUAUGGUGCGAAUCACACGCUGUCGCCACCACUUGUCUUGACCGCACCGUCUACCUCGACCCAGCCAAGUGCAACAACGAAUGUAGUGCAAACAGUCACAUUGCUGUAUGCGCUUCGACUGCGGCGCCCGUCUGCGCUACACUAGAACUUGGUGACGGGAUUUUCUCCUAUUGGUGUAGUACAUUGGACUUUAUUGUACGCUUCGAUAGUACACCUUUGCAACCUCGAGAACUGAGCACCCUGGUACUAGUUGACGGACACGAGAUUACGGGUGGAUUAACGACAUUGGGGUUGGAACCAAGCACAACCGAGAGCGGAUCAACUACAAUAACUGCUUCUGAAACAGAAAAUUCAAGCUCCCUGACUGAACCGUCCACUUCUGCGACUCCCAGCCCUGGUCCAAAUCAUAACGUCGGCGCAAUUGUUGGUGGUGUAGUGGGCGGCCUGGCCGUCAUCGUCAUGGGUAUCUUUGGGCUCGUGCUUUUGCGCCGCCGUAGAGGCAAUAAGGACACUCUAUUUGGUUCAAAUUCUGGCUCAGCACCUCAGCCUCAAUUUCUAUCAAAUAUGCCUGACACGGCCGAGGUUGUGGGGUCUCCGGCCCGGGCCGCUCAUAGCCCGAACACGGGCUCUCCCAUCGGACCUCAGUUCGAUGCGGUUCCGAUUCAAUCAAGCGUUUCAACCCCUCAACCCACACCUUCAAAGCCGCCUCUUUAUGAGGCACCCAGUCCGGAGACUGUAUGGAGCUGUGAGCUUGACGGGGGAGGACAGAUCACCAUCUAUAAGGCUAUUGCGGGGAAGUAAUAACACGUAUCACAUCCUUAUCCAUCUACCUUCUUUUUUCAUCAUGGCGUAUGACCUCGGAUUACUGGGAGGGAUUCUUAUCCAUGUCUUUGGCAUGGGGUUGGAAGAAAUGAC